GUAAAACCAUGGUUUGUGAUGUGACACAGCACUCUUCAGCUGAAACAGAACGAACCAUGGAAACGGAAGAGUCUUCUAAAGAUGAAGCAACGCCGGAUAGUUCAAAGAAUAAAAGGACUUGUUCCAAAAUUCUAAAGAACAUAACAGUUGAACCAUUGAUAGUUUUAUAUCUAUUUCCUGUAGUUUUGAUGAUCUUACCAACGGCUAACAUGGAUCUGGAGAAAUCUUGCCGUGUAAAUUUAAAACUUAACGAUACGAUUUGUGACGCUUUAACAAGUAGAAAUGACCAACUAUACACUAGUGAGCAAGAGAGCAUGGUGCAACGGGAGCUGACAAAUAUGAACGCCUGGAAAAAUAUAAUCAAAGGUGUGAUUCCAGCGAUUUUGUUACUAAUGAUAGGAGCAUGGAGUGACAAGUAUAAUCGACGAAAACCUGUAAUGGGAUUACCUAUCGCCGGCCAGUGCGUUGCCGUAAUCGGCUUAAUUCUAUGCACCUAUUUUUUCGACGAACUACCAAUGCAAGUUACUGGUUUCUUUGACAGUGUACCUUCCUCGUUGACAGGCGGAAUUAGUACCUUUUCAAUGGGCGUGUUCAUCUAUGUUAGUGCUAUUUCUGAUGUUCAAUCGAGAACUUUAAGAAUUGGAAUAGUGAAAACGAUGCUGGAUGCCAGUACGUUGCUUGGUUCUGCAUUGGCUGGCAUAUCUUAUUGCGCAAUUGGCUUAUAUGGAAUUUAUUUUGGAGUACUCGCGUUUUAUGUAAUUGGAUUCAUUUAUUUUGUGUUUGUUAUCAAAGAAAUAAGGAUGGAUGAAACUGAUGCCAAUCAACACGUCACAAAGUUGCAAAUGUUUAAAGAUUGCUGCAACCUGAAAUAUAUUAAACCUACGUUUAUGGUUGCAUUUAAACGGAGAGUCAAGAAUUAUCGAGCAAGAGUUGUGGUAAUAUUGAUAUUGAUUGUGUUCAAUAUGGGUCCUUUGUACGGAGAAGCUACUGUAACGUAUCUAUUUGGGAGGAAAAGAUUUCAUUGGAACGAAGUUGAGUUUAGUAUAUUCCAAAGUUCCUGCUACGUUAUGCAAUUAGUAGGUACCAUUAUCGGGAUAUCAAUCUUCUCAAAGUGGCUUAACCUACACGACGCUGUCGUAGGAAUGAUUUGUUAUACUGGAAAAAUAUUUGCUUAUUUUUUGUAUGCAUUCGCUAAAGCCCCCUGGGUAUUGGUCAUAGGUGUGUUUAUAGACUCGCUUAGUGCUACAACGGUUAUUACAGUACGAUCAAUGGGGACAAAAUUUGUCCCAGAGCACGAAAUAGGCAAAUUAACCGCAUUAAUGGCGAUAUUGGAGACGCUAAUGCCUUCCAUAUGUGGAUUGCUGUACACUAUGGUUUAUGCUUGGACUAUUGAUAUUCUGCCAGGAGCAUUUUAUCUAAUUGGAGGUGUUAUGUGGAUACCAUCCAUGAUACUUUUAGGGUGGUUGUAUAUCCAACACAAACAUGAUCUUGCAGAAGAACGGUGCAGUGAUGCGGAAGAACCGAAGAAGGUGUAGAGUAGGUAUCAAUUGGUGCCUACUAGUACAGGUUUUAUAGUUAAUCUGUGCUAAUAGUGUAAAGAAUGACAGGAUAGGGCACUAAGCAGAGCUAUUUUCGCAUUGUAAAAAGUAAAUUUUCGGACCGGGUCAUUAAUUUUAAAAUCGAGGAAGACAUCUUUUACGACAAAAUUCAUCACUUACUGAAAUAGUAUUACCUAUCAAAAUAUGAAAAUCUGAAGCAAAAUGGUCCAUGGACAUCUUAUACGAGAGUAUAAGUAAAUAACAAAUAAGGAAUGGGAUUAAGCUAAUUAUUUUUAGGAGAUACCUAUCUACUUAUUAAACAUUAAGGCAUAGGUAGUUCGAUAAAAACUUAUACACAGAAACAAAAUGAUCGUUGCGGAACCUGUAGUUAGAAGCUCUUUCCGUUUUCUUAAUCGAAUGACUGUUCCAACAACUAUAUUAUGUACAUGUAUAAUUUAAUUUUUAUACCUAAGAUAACGUAUAAUUAAAUGUAUCAUUAUCUAUGCACAAGAUAAGCAUAUUUUUUUGUGUAUAAUUUGUUUCUUAAAAGCUAGUUAUGUUAUACAGUAUACACGCCAGAACUACAUAUUUACGGUAGGUAAAAAAUUCGCUCAUUUUGCAUUCGUGUACCCAAUUACGUUGCUUUGCAUCCCAAUUGUAACUUGUUAGUGGACUAAAACUUAACAUGUUACCUAAAAUAAAUGUAGUGCAAAAAUUGCCACCCUCUAAAGCUGCCGCCCCUAGGCACGUGCCUAGUGUGCCUAUUUAUUAUUAUUAUUAUUAUUAUUAUUAUUAUUAUUUUUAUUACAACUGUACAAUAUAUACAAAAUUACGAAACUAUAUGAUCAUCACCACUUUUGACCUUUUAACAAAAAGAAUACAAAUAAACAAGUCACAACCUUCACCAUUCACCUCUCUUCUAGCUCUCUAGCUUAAACUGUGGUUUAUUGAACUUGGCCAUGUAACAUAUCACCUCAUUUAUACACCAGUGAUCACUUCACAUGUAUUUUUUCCCAAAUGCCACGAAUAGUUGUGUAAGAUGAUAGUUUUUGAAGCGACAAUGAAGGCAUUCCUAAGAUUUGGUGUUACUCGGUUUGAUUUCAUUUGACUUAUG